UGAGAGGAAAAUGCAAGAUGAUAUCUGCCUCCCAUUGCCAAGAUCGUUUGGCCGUGAGUACAAGUCGAUGAUGUGAACAGGAUUUAAGACGCGAGUCGAAGGCACGCUUAUCCAGCGCGGUUCUCUGUUGUCCCUUUCACUGCAAGUCGGUUGCGUGGGAGGCUCGUUCAGGAUUUUGUAGCAAUUUCAACUAGUCUUCAUAGUUCAGUCGUCAUUCAAGUAACGCGCGCGAGUGACCGCUUAUCAAGCCACGAGUUUAAAACGAGUUAGACGAAAUGCAGUAUUUAAUAGCUAGCGCGUUCUUUGAAAGUUUUCUGUUGAGUUAAAAAUAAUUUUUGGCGCAAGGAAGAAGUCGGAUUUGGCCAGUGUACUACCGCAAGAAAAAGGUCGGAUGUGGUCAAUGUACUACCGCCACUGCACAUUGAUAAGCUCGUCGAUAAUAUAAAUGCAGGACAGGAAGUGUUAGGAAUGCCUUACUUGGAUGAUAUCUUCUGCAGCCUCGUGACAGAUACUUAUAGAAGUGUAAAGCGUUUUAAAGAUGUGAACGAGAAAGACAGUGAAUCGUACGAACUACACGAAUUAAAAAUAUCUUGAGUAAAUGUGUCGGACACAUUGUACUUGACGGAUUUUUUUUUUUAUCAAAUCUACUAAAUUGAAUGUUGCAAUCAAGUGUACUUGCGAGUUAAGAUGACAAUGACGGAGAACGUGUACGUUAUCAAAGUGAAAACAAAACCGCCGUUGUCGUCUUUGUAUCCAUCGGAGCGUCGUUACUCGGCGUCAACAGUCGGCGGUCUGUCCUUGGUCCAUUUUGGCCUCGGAGCGCUGUCCCUCCUUCUGGGCACCCUCGCCUUGUCCCUGCAGGGCCCAAUUUUGUCUGUUGCGUGCCUGGUGCCGUUCGUGACAGGUCUCCUCGCUUGGCGACGUUGGUACAUCGACCGGAACAUCGCAAUUUUCUUCUACGGUUGCCUCUUCUCGUUGAUAGUCGCGAUCCUCUGCUUCGUCGUUACAAUCUUCGACGUUGCGGCGGUUUCCAACAGCACCAGUGGAUCUCUAUGGCCGUUGGAGAAGAUCCUCAACACUCCACAUUACUCCCUUCAUCCUGCCAAGGAUUUUACAAACGAUACUCACGUGGAUGAUAUUACGUCGAUGGAAAAUAAUUCAUUCGACGUAACUGAAGGUUAUGACUCGAAGAUUAACGACUCCAAUAAAUUACCUGCUACUUUAAAAUCUGUCAGCAGCGAGUUAAACGUAUCAAACUUCGGUGUGGAUGCCAAAAACGACAAUCACGAUGAUCUCAUGAUGACAGAAGCAUCGUUUAUAUUUGAAGAAAGGAUGAUGAUAUCGAGAGAAGUUUUCCAGGACAAAGGCACUACAAACGUUACGCAAGAAUCAAUGAAUUUAACGAAGGAAAAAACUAAGACUUUCUGGCGCACCCAUUAUGAGGACUCGACGCACGCCAGAAUGUUACUGACCUUAAACGUCCUGAUGGCAUCUCUUUUGGAGAUCUUCUGGUCGCUGCUCAGCGCAAAGAUCGCGUUCUGCGGUAUGACGAACCAAUUACCAGACAGCGGUAAUGCCAUCGUCAAGUCAAAAACGACGAGAUUGCCGCUACAAAAGAGAAAAUCCCCGGCACCCAAACCAGACAUCUUGGAUCACGAUCGCCGGUUGUCCGAGGCUCUUCAGAAUUUGCAAGGUCUUGCUGGUAUCGGACCGCGACUACCCUUACCGGAAUCUAACAGAGAAUUUAGAGAAAGAGUAGAGAGAUUCUUAGUAAAUCAGGCAGCGCAUAGAAUUGUUGAAGGCGCUUGAAGCUGAAUUGUAAAAUACCAAAUGGACUCAAAUUUUGAUAAGUUUUUCACAGGAAUCUUAAAAUAUUUAGAAAAUUUCUGAUUCUUUUCUUUUUCAUGCAUUUCUUUGUUACGAUUGUCAUUAUUGUUAUUAAUGCUUUAUUACUUAAGAAUCUGAAAAUAUUUUAUAAUAUUUUUGUUUGAUAUUCCUGAAAUUAGAAAUUAUAAUUUAAUACGAUAGGUAAUAUAAUAUAAUAAUACUACACCGAUCUCAGUUUCUUAUAUUGUGUAUUACUUUAUUAUUACUUGUAGAGGAGAUGGUGAUAUUAUAGCCACCAACUUACAUUUUACACAAUAAGUUUAUUAAUAUUCAAUUUAAUUUUAAAUUGAAUUUUAAAUUAAAAAUUUGAUGAUUCUAUUCAUCAAACUGUUCUUUAAUAGAUUCUAGAGCUAUGACAUAUUUAUUAUAUUGAAUAUUAUUUAUAAAAAUGUAGCGACACUGGAUACAAUGGGUUGAACAGGAAGAGAGAUGGUAAUAUGGCCCGACACAAAAAUAAAUUUUAAAAAUCAAUUUUGUUAAAGAAAAAUAGAGUAUACGUUAUAAAAUUAUAUAUUUAAUUACAGUAACAAUAAAAUAUGCACAAUAUAAGAAAAUGUACGUUCAUAUAACCUACCUCUUCCGUAUAUAUUAUGAAGUACUAAAAUGUAAACUAUAGAUUAGCAAUAAAACUACAAUUAAUUUAUCGAAUAAUUUUUUCGAUUUAAAAAAGAAACAGUAUUAGGCCUGAGAUAGUACGCAGAUUUCACAUUAUCAAAAUUCUAUGCUAUUAUUUAAACUCAAAAUGUUUACAGCCGAAUAAAAAGUUUAAAUAGAAUAAUGAAUUAAUUAAAUAUUAAAAUAAUAUAAUUUGAAAAAGUUUCGAAGUGCUCAAGAGUAAUUAAUUCCUUGGAACAAAAGUUGGUUAUUGUGUAUUGUCAUAUCAGCGCCACUACAUAACGACAAGCUUCUAAACAAAUGAUUCCAUAAAUAAUUGCUAGGGUUCAUCUAAUAAUAGAGAUAAUACGAGAUCAUAAUACCUACACGGCUCAUAAUUUCACCUUCUCCUCUACUUAUUUCUUUUGUGUGAAGCAGCUGUAUAUACACUUUAUUUUUAAUUGUAAAAUUAUAAAUAGAAUAAUUAGUCGUCUAUUUGUUACAUCUAUUGUACUGAAAUAACUUUUAUUUACUUACUCAUUUGCGUGACGUUUGAAAGACACGAGACAUUAUCGCGUUCAAACGUAACGUUGAUUGCAAAUGUUGCAGCGGCGAGCAAUGAACUAUACUAAUUAUAAUUGCUAUUAUUUCCUACAGACAUCAGAAAUGCUUUUCUCACACAUUGGUUAAUUAAUAUAUGAAUUCAUAUCAAAAUCGAGCGAGAAUAAUUAAUUACCUGUUCUGUAAACAUGUUUGCAAUUGGACUUUCGAGAUUGAGUAAACGCAAUUUAUUUACCAAAGGUAAUUAUUUAUAUGAGCUAAUUAUUUAAAGCCAUUGCCACUUUACCGUAUAUUUAUCAUGCGCACGAUAAUCGUAUAAACAGGUAAGCGUAUCUUACAGAGUUUCGUACGAAUGUGCUCGCCGCCGCCUGAUUAAUUAAGCGCUCCGUCGUACGGUACAAAAACAUUUGACGUGCUCUGCGAUACGUAUCUCGUAUAUAUUACCGCUUAACAACGUGGGGCAAUAUCUACAGAAUGUUUUUACAGAGUUCCGGAAGCUUUGACAACAUCUACAAAACUCCGUAAGACUUGUUUUGCGUGACACGAGAUUAUAUUUUAUUUUCACGUAAACGAAACUCCAAUCAAGUUUAAUAACGGUACUUAAUGUUAGUAUUAAAGAUAUGUCAUCCGUUUUUGCAUUCUACUUGCUAAUGGUUCUAGGAAAAAUAACAUGUGCACGCUGAUCGCACGAUAUGUUAAUGAGACUGCAACAUCUCUCGAGAAAUAUUCAAGAAAUUUCAACUUUUGAAAAAACUGCGCGUCUCGCGAGAACCACAGGGAAAAGAACAUUAUACGCCACGCGUCGUUUCUCAUUGUGAAAGCCUAACGGCUUGUUACAAUAUAUUAAUCCAGUAU